CCCCCGGCUGCGGGCGAGGAGCUGUCGGGGGUGUUCCAGAGGAUGGUAAAGUCCGAGUGUCGCUUCAUCAACGGCACCGAGCGGGUGAGGUUCUUGGAGAGGUACAUGUACAACCGGGAGCAGUUCGUGCAUUUUGACAGCGAUGUGGGGAUCCAUGUGGGGGACACCUCGUAUGGGGAGAAGUUUGCCAGGAAAUGGAACAGUGACCAGGAACGGCUGGAGUUUGCAUGGUCUCUGGUGGACACGUGCUGCCGGCACAACUGCAAGGUGUUCACCCCGUCCAGGGUGGAGAGGAAGGUGAGCGUGGGGCAGAGCGGGUCCCCUCGGCCCCUGCCCCAGGAAUGA